AUGCAGUUUGACGAUGAGGGCCGAGAGCGCGUCGUGAGCUUUCAGUCACGACAGAUGAAACCCGCAGAGCGGAACUAUCCGGUACAUGACAAGGAACUUUUGGCUAUGCGUUACGCGCUGAUCAAGUUCAGAGUAUAUUUGCUCGGCGAGAAGAUGUUUUCGGUCUAUACAGAUCACGCAUCAUUGCGUACCGCCGUCAAGACUCCCCACUUGUCCCAGCGUAUGGCACGUUGGUUGUCAUACUUCUCAGAGUAUAAUUUCGUGGUCUUUUACAAACCCGGCAAGAACAACAUUCUUGCUGACGCGCUUUCUCUACGUCCCGAUUAUGAUCCUCGACGUGACAUGGGUCAUCAGCCAGGCAUUGCUGAAGACGAGGACGACGACAUUUGUUUAUGCUGUGCUGAGCAGGGGCUCAAUGCAAUGAUUUCGACACCUGAGCUGUCAAUCCGGACUCAAAUCGCUGAGUCAUAUGCGAACGAUUCAUUCUACACGGGAAUCAUCAAUUAUCUUCGACACCCUAGUGAGGGUUCACUCGCGAAGUUGACGAAACCAACGCGUGACAACAUCAAGCGGUACGCGCUUGAUGGUCCGCUGCUGACUUAUACAAUGGACGUUUUCGACCCACCGCGCGUCGUCAUCCCUGCUGAUGACGACCUUCGCGCACGAUUGGUGCAUGAAUUUCAUGACACUCCAACUGGUGGUCAUUUGGGUCGCGAGAAGACGUUCGCGGCCAUCUCUCGUGUGUUUUUCUGGACGCGUAUGUACAAAUACAUCCAGAAAUGGGUACGCUCUUGUGAAAUAUGCCAGCGUGUGAAGCCUGCGCCGUCUUCACAAGCUCCAUUGCGUCCGCUUCCGAUUGCCACGGAAGCCUGGCGUUCGGUCAGCAUGGAUUUCAUCUUUGGUCUCCCUCCGGACGAACAGAAACGCACGGGCGUAUUGGUUUUUGUGGAUCGAUUUAGCAGAAUGCUGCAUUUUGCUUCAGUCUCCGCGCACGUUACGGCGGAGACGACCGCGCAGAUCUUCAUCGAUCUCAUAUUUCGACAUCACGGCUUGCCUGAAUCAAUUGUUUCGGACCGCGACCCGCGCUUUACAUCAGCUUUUUGGGCAACGUUGUUUCAACUAUUGGGUACGCGACUGCUUAUGUCUACGGCAGCCCAUUCAGAGACGGAUGGGCAAACGGAGCGCGUGAACAGAGUGCUUGAAGAUGUACUACGCAGUUAUGCGACAUCGUUCCAGUCGUGGAGUUCGUUUCUCCCUCUCGCUGAAUUUGCAAUCAACAACGCAAUUCAUGCGUCGACUGGGUUAACGCCAUUUUUCGUGAAUAACGCGAGGCACCCUCGCGUUCCAGCGUUUCUUGCUCUUUCAGCUUCAGCACACCCAGUUUCUCAGCUUGGUGGGGGAGUAUCUCCCGAUGACACUACGCGAAAAAUUUUGAUGAUUGGUAAUGUUGAAGACAAGGUUGCUGCCGAUGCAACUCAUACUGUUAAUUUCGUGGCCAAUGGCAUAUCGAGUCCCGACGCGAUGCAUCCCAUCGCGUCUCCCGUCGCUAAUUUUGCUCCUAAAGAGUCCACUUCUCCUGUAAGUUCGGCUGCUGUGACCGAAUUCCUAUAA